AUGAAUCAAAACACCAACACCAACACCAAACUUAAUAAAUUCGUUUGCAGCAAAUGUUAUUGUGAUGAUCAAAAGCUGAUUCACAAUAUCUUUUAUCUUAGCCAAUACCAAAGGUUAUGCACAUCAUGUGUUCUUUUUACAUGCAAAGAGUUUUUUUGCCCCACCUGUUUUGGUGUCCAUGGUCUGAUUACACAAGAAACACUCAUCACCUGUCAAAGAUGUAAUUCUAAAUCUCAUCCCCUCUGCUUUUCCUCUAACCCUAGUCCCCUAGGAGCACCUCCGAUGUGUGCAUCUUGUGUGAACCCUGAGAAACUGAUUUUUAACCCUAUGGGGUUGAGAAUCAAAGGGGUUGAUCGGGUUAUGAAGAUUCUUGAUGAAAAGGCGAUUGUUUUGUUCUUGAUAGCAGCAAAGGUAGGGGGUCUGUUGAUGUGUGGGGUAAGUGAGGAAUUAGACUAUGAUGGUGGGAUGCUAGUAACAGAAACUGUUAUCGAACGUAAAAAAGAAAUAUUGGGGGUGAUUCGUGCUAUGAGAGAUCGUGAUUUGAAAAAUAAAAAUCGGAAUGUUGACUCACUGCUUGACUUUUCGAGUAGCGAGGAUGGAUAUGAUGAUGAUACUUCUUCUGAUAAUGGAAGGAUGGAAAGGUCAAGCAUUGAAGGUGAAGUUUCUAAAGCUGUACCUAUGGAGAGAGAUUAUCCGUAA